UGAAUGCCAGUCCACAGCCCAGGACACAUUGUUCCCGGUGAGGAGUAAGCUCUAGGGAUAGAUUUCAAUGCAGACUUCAGUUCUCCUCUCUUUCAAGUAAGAAAAGUCAGCCGACAGUGUAAUUUUUGGUGACUGGAGUCGCAUUUGCCAGGAAAGCAGUGCAACCUCGGAGGCCUUGCUUCGGGAAACAUCUCUCUUCUGGCCGCUGUCCAGAGUUUAGACUUGGCAGCAUCAAGGACACAGUGUAAGGUAUUUUGGAGAUCAAAGAUGGGUAGGAAAGACUCUUCCACUACGAAACUCCCUGUUGAUCAGUACAGAAAGCAGAUUGGUAAACAGGAUUAUAAAAAAACCAAACCUAUUUUACGAGCAACCAAAUUAAAAGCAGAAGCAAAGAAAACAGCAAUAGGCAUAAAGGAAGUUGGCCUCAUGCUUGCAGCUCUCCUGGCCCUCCUACUGGCUUUCUAUGCUUUUUUUUAUCUCCGACUGUCCACGAAUAUUGACUCUGACCUGGACCCCGAUGAAGAUUAGCUGAGCAGCAAUCAAUAAAUGAAGGGGAAUAAUUCCGAUAAGAGCAUCCUUGGGAUGAAGUACUUUGACAAUUUCUAAAACAGAAACAUUUUGAAUAUUUUCUUCUUGGCACUGUCAGUUUGCAGAAAUAUCUUUGUGCCUCAUAGCAUAAGGUAUCUGGAGAUUUUACCCGGCAAUCCUGAGUCAUGUAUGCUGCUCAGUACUUUGUACAUCUUUCUGCUUUAGCAGAUACCCUAUUCAUGAUAUAGUUGGAUAACACAGUUUUCAUGUCUUCCAAAUUUACAUGUAUAACUCAACCACUUACACAUCACUAAAUGUUUUAUCCCAUGUAUAUUGUAGGGAAAAGUUUGCAUUGUUAUUUGAAAAUGCACACUCAAAAUCAUAUUCAUAACCUAAGAAUGAGCAGAAAGUAAUGGGACAUUUUUUUAAUGUUUUUUCUUUCAUUGUAUUAUUUUUGUUUAUGUGAAUACAGUUAAUUAGUCAUGUGUGUAGACACAUGUAUUCUGGGUGUGUGCGUGGGUACCCAUGCCUGUUGGGUUCGGGGUUCAACCCUGAACGUUGUUCUUUUUUGAAAUCCUAUUUGACAUGCCCAUCCUAGUUUUUACAAAGAAGCACGCUUUCUUUCCAGACAUAUUUGAUAUCAUUAGAGAGACUAUCUGCACAUGCAUCCGCAGGAAUCUCUUCCUUCCUUGCCAACUGUUAGUGCACAUGUGCUGUGUCAGAGAUGGCACCUGGAUGACAGAAGCUCACAGAGUCACAUAUGCCCCUAAAGAAGAGCUCCUUUCCUCCUGGGCCGUCUGAACUGGUGUAAACAGAAAGUUCAGCUGAUCUCAGUUUUAAUUAACUUAUUAUUGCAUUAAUAUAAAAUUGGAAUUCUAUAUUAAUUAUGUUGCUCUGGUUGCCUGCAGUAUCAGUUCGCCCGUCUUGUUCGGGAGCUGUGCAGCAAUCUGCUUUUAAUUGCACAGAGUUUGUCACAGUGCAGAAUUAGCAGGAGUGUACCUACGCAAAAUCAUUUUGUUGGGGUGUCUCUUGAAUCUGAGCAUUACAAAGGCUUGUUUUUAAAUUACAUUUUUUCUCUUGAGAACUAAUUCAUACUCAGUAGAGAAUAAUAAAUGGUAGAAAAAUAUCUGCCACACGUUGCCUUCAUCUGUACUUUUCUAUCAAUUUCUUCAAUGUUAUUUGUGUUGUAACAUAAAGACUAUUUAGUAUUUGAUUGGCAAUCAGAGGUUUAAUAAAAUUGUUAAAAAACACAUGAACACAUAAAUCUUAGGAAGUGUUGUGGAUAUAUGUGUAUAUACAUAUAUGUGUGCAUUAUGUACAUGUAUGUGUGUGUAUCCAUAGAACACAUAAAUCUUAGGAAGUGUGUGGAUAUAUGUGUAUAUACAUACAUGUGUGCAUUAUGUACAUAUAUGUGUGUGUGUCCAUAGAACACAUAAAUCUUAGGAAGUGUGUGGAUAUAUGUGUAUAUACAUAUAUGUGUGCAUUAUGUACAUGUAUGUGUGUGUAUCCAUAGAACUGAUAUUAGCUUCUGUCUACUAUAAAGAUGAAUAGAAGAUGGCUAUUUUGAAAUAUGUGCAGAGUUUUAGAGUGUACCUUGAAUUUCUGAAAAAUAAAUACAAUUCUAAGAUCAUUUCUAUACUUGCCAGAGGCGGAAAGCUCUGAUAGAUACUCUAAGAGUAAGUCUGGCUGUAGAGAAUAGGUUCUAAAAGAACAGAUCUUCUUUUGUUACUUGUGCAAAAGCUGGGUAUGUCAGUGUAGCAUUUGUUCCCUGGAAUUUUUCAGUAGCAUAAUUCAUUUCAUUGGUGUGAAACAGCCUAAGUUUCCAAUAUCCUCACAGAUUAUUUAUGCCAAACAUCUGAGGGCACAACUUAGCCAGUGUUAUUUGCUGGAUUCUUCCUCCUGAAGCCACAGACUCAAGAAACAGAAGAGUUCUUGUAUACUCACCACAGAGGACCCAUCCAAGUGGCAUUCUUAGGAAAGGUUGCAGCAUUUUACGCCAUGUGGUGUGUCUGUUCGCGGAGUGAGAGGAAAGGGAAUAUCCAAGCUGGCAUUUUGGAUUUGAUGGGCCUUUUACUUUCCUGAGUGACAUGCCACAUGUCAAGAAAUACUGUUUUCUUCCAGUCUCCUCACACUGACGUGAGCAAUUUCAUUUAGUUAUUUCCCUCCCAUAUGGUGCUAAACACAGGCACAUCCAAUGCAGCCUCUUUCUGUUUUUCAGUGGUAAUUGAAGUGAGGGGAUGUGUAAUAACUGUGUAUCAGAUACUUAUCCAGGUAACCUAUCCAGGUUAUAGAGUAGCACAGUUAACAGUCCUCAAAAGAGAUGUGUGCUUCCUGGAAAUGCUUGACAAGAGGCUGUUCUGGGAAAAAACUUCACCAUUACGUUCUGUUCAUGAGAUUUGCUGUGGAGAGAAAAUGUUGUUGCUAUAAUAAUAAAUACAAGUUGAAAUGUACUGUAAUAAUAAGCAAGUUUCACCACCUGAGUUUCUCCAUGUCCUGUGUCCAUUUGUGUAGCUGGUUGAUUUAUGACAUUCCCAGAAAACAAAUCCCAGACUAAAAAGCUUUGAUUUCAGUAAAUAGCAGGUAAAGCAAGAUGAUAAUAUUUUUAUAUAAUACUGUUUUCAUAAAAUGCAAAUUUCAUGAACUCAUAUUAACAGGAAACAGCCAUCUCAUGCAUGGAAGCACCAGGCUGAACGACUAGUUUGAAUAUUUCAAGACAGAAAGGUGUUGGCUCCCUGCUGUAUCAGAGGACCACACUUUUGAGUAGUAGGUAGCAUUUGUUAUAAACGUGGGGUUAGAAUCAGGUGUAACGUUUAGGCAUGGCUAUUUCCCCAUAAUAACUUACUCUGCCUAGAGUGAUGGAGAACAAAAUAGAAGGCAUUAUAAUAGCCUGUGACUUUGGAAUCCCUUAACAUCUGAUGUGGUGUAAAUUUCUAGCCAGGGCCAGAGAGCUAGCCCAUAACUUGUGGAGAGCUGCUAAUGGGGUGCAAAGGUUGUGCUUUCCCAUGUAAAUUUAGAUGAAAUUAAAUUUAUUUGAGGAGAAAUAGUGUAAAACUAUAACAUCAUUUAAUAUUUGUUUCUAAAAAAGAAAAGCUACUUUUAGUGAGAAUACAGGGUGGCCUGUUUUGCGAGUGCAAAAUAUACCAAGAGCUUAUGAAGCCCGAUGGCGUGCUCUAGCCCCUGCCCAUGAUGGGGAUCCUGAGAAUAUGAGUCUGCUUAUUUCUGUCUUUCCAGUGUGUGAUCCAUGAAUUUAAGUGCAUUUAAGAAUUUUGUUUUAGUGUAUUUUAAAUGUCUCGGCGUAAUUGUUUUAUAUAGUAGAUUUAUCAAUCCAGAAUUUAGCAUUUAUGAUUGUCAGGUAUAUUGGAAGAUUUUAUAUAUAUAUUCUACAAGAAUUAAUUAUAUAUAUAUAAUUUGUGUAUGUAUAAAUUAUAUAUUAAUUAUAUGUAUAAUUAAUUGUUGCAGAAUCAAGCAAUUGGCACAAAGUCAAUAUGAACUAGGAGCAUCAGGGUUUUUUUAGGAAACUGAAGCUUAUUUAUUUAAAAACAUUCUUAGCAUUUCACAUCAACUUACCAUACAUAUUCACUCCAAAUGAAAAUAAAAUAAAAUUUUAUUAUAAUGUUUACAUGAACACUAAAGCACUCAAUUUUCUAGGCUCUAAAAGUGCAUAGUCAAUAUUUCAUUGGAGUGAAUUGUACAUUAGAGAAGCUUCAUAAAUAAAUGCUUAGAGAAUAAACACAGUUAUAUUUUAAUGUACUACGUCUGUAACAAACUUCUGAUCCAGAGACGACCAAAGCCGAUUCUUUAUCCUCUCUCUUAGCAGCAGUGCCAGUUCUUUACACUUACCUGCGCCUCUCUGAGGGGAGCAGCCUACUUCUCCCCUAGUAGCCUUGCCUCCUCUGAUUAACGCUGCGCCAGUGCAGCUUGGGUAGAAUGAUGUCAGCUAUGUGUUCUCGUACUGGCCCCGUAUUUAGAAUCACUACACCUUCAGUAGACGCGAAAUGGUAGCGGAUGAAUCCACACCUACAGAAACAUCCUCACUAUGAUCUUCAGCUGGAAUUGCAUAGAGAAGUACAAAGGAGAGUUGGAGAAUCACGUGAAGAAGUGUGUCACCAUGGAACCGUCCUAGCAGAUCAGAGAAUCUCUUAAAACAAUUGAACUGCAGCCCCAAUCUGCACAGUAACGCCUUGUUACACAAUUUCUGUAUCCUUAGCAACAGAUACGGGAUGCUUAUUUCAAUAAAAUAAGUUACUUUA